AGAAGAAGAAGGAAGGAGGAAAAAAAAAAAAGACGGUCCCUGUUUGAAAAUCUUAAGCGUUUUCCUGUUACUAUUAUUUUUUUGGAUUUAGUUUUUCAAAAGUAAAUUAAUUAAAAACCGAACCACAAUGGGAUUAGAGGAAGAAGCGGACCGGACGCUUUUCGUACGAAACAUAGACUCCAGGGUGACGGAGGAGCUUUUGUUCGAGUUGUUUUUACAGGCAGGACCGCUCAUCAGAACUAAAAUCCCUAAAGACUUGGAUGGAAAACAGAAAACAUUUGGUUUUGCUGUCUACAAACACGAAGUGUCUGUGCCUUAUGCUAUGCAGCUGCUAAAUGGAACAUCGCUGUACGGGAAAACGAUCCAAGUGCAGUUCAGAACAGGCAGCAGCCAUGGCAACAGUCCAGGAAACUCCCAGAAUUCAAGUCCUGCAAAUACUCCAAACCCCCACGGUCAGAGGACUCCAAUCCAGUUGAGUUCUCCUCCUUAUACUCCUCCUCACCAAAUGCAGAGGUCCUUCCCCUCGGAUAGCCUCCAGAAGAACGCCAUGAUGAACAACUUGUGGCAGCUCCAGUUCCAGCAGCUCCAGCAGCUGAACGACAGCUUCUCCUCCAAGCCGUGGCAGUCCGCUUCAGGUGGAGCUCCUAACAGGCAACAGGACAGUGCCCAUUUUCGCCAUCAUCCCUUCCAGAUGGGGGACAGUGGCAGAAGCCAGCGCUACGGGGACAACCAAGGCUCCGGUCGACAGCAGCAGCACGGCCGAGAAAACUACCACCACCCCAACGACAGGAGCAGCAACCGUCACUAUGGCAACAGAAGUGGAAACAGACACGAGGAGAGAGGAGGCAGCCGUGGCCAGCGAGACUUCGACAACAAGUGGAGACGAUACUGAGUUUUGUUUGGAACUUCUGGAAAGUUCUUGGUUCUUUUCUGGACUGUUUUCUAAAGAAUUGUGUUGACUUAAGUCAUGGUUUAUACUCAGGUCAUUUCUACAUGAUCUUACCACUUUAAAGGUUUAAUACUUCCUUUUUUAAGGUGUUUUUAAAUUUGAAUUUCUUCUUUCUUGUGACAUUUUUGACACAGAUGUUGGAAGUCUUAGAUACUCUAAAGAUUGUCGUAAGAGCUCAGACAAGAUGGUCAUGAGUUUUACACAAAGUAAAAAAACAAACAGAAGAUAUGUGACAACAGCCAGGUUUUAUGUUUGUAAAAUGUCUUCAGGUACUUUGCAAAAUAAGUUUCAGCUCCAGAUUUCACCAGCAACUCUGAAACGACCACUGGGAACCAGUCUUGUAUAUUUUUCAGAUGUGAACUUUCCAGAUAUUGGCUUUAAUGUGGAUUUAACUUUUUAAUUCCUGACUUGUUUUAAAUGAACACUUUCACAGCGAUAAAGCUCCUUUUCACUCGA